AGGAGCAGAUGUGCUAUGGUAACCGGAUGUGACGUUACUUGUGCCAGCAGCCGUCACCCACUAAAAUUUGUCUCGCACUGGUCGAGAAGGAACGCCAUUAUCGCGGUAUCGAGAAGAAUGGCCUCUGAUGAAGUCCCAGAAACUAUCCAUUUGACAGUGAAUCAACUAAGUGGGGACACAACAGAUGCUUCGCUUCCAAAUCUUCUCGUUGUCGAUCAGUUGGGAGAGAUCUUGGGUGCUGCUGGGGAAGGCCCGAGCGGUAACUCGUUAAUCUCAGCUCCUCUGCGCCUGAUCUCUGUGGGGGAUGGGCAGUUCAUGCUAGCUAAGGUGUCAGAACUGUCUGAAAUGGGAGUAGGCACAAACCACGACAUCUCUGAGGACCUCGGUUUGCCUGAAUGUACAGCAGAAAGGCUGGAAGCAAACAGCACUGCAAGUGUUGAUGCCCAAGCAACGUGUGACACGUCAGAAAAAUGUGGUGCUGAUGAAGAAAAUAGUUCCUGCAAUGCUGAAGCUGAGGAGUCUUUGAGGGACCAGCUUGCGCUGAUGCAGAGCGAGAUUUUAUCUCGGCUAGAUGCCCUUGCUCAGAAGUUAGACCAAGUGGGCUCAUGCUACAAGGGACUCAAGGACAAACUCAAGGAUGUAACCAGCAAAGUGCAAUCAGGUUCAAGCCAUGGCACAACUGCUCUUAUCCCACGUGCGGCUUUGGCACCAUCCUGCAGGGGAAAAGGGAACACUGUUGCAGUAUGUGUCCCAUUACUGACAAAUUCUGCAGACUCCUCUACCAGUAAGAAGUCGGAAGUGCGUCUGGUAUCAUUGUCCUCCAACAGCUAUGAGGACUAUCCAAAUGGAUCCUGGCUUGGUGACCCUAAUAAUCCUGACCUCAGAGUACGCUGCCCCAUCCGACCGCAGGACUUGGAGAUGCUGAACAAAAGCUGUACAACACCGGAGAAAAUGGCGCUUACCCUUCUCGACUAUCUCUUUGACCGUGAAGUGCAGGCUUCUUCAAACAUCUCGGGUACUGGGCGGCACGGCAAGCAACAACUGGACCCCAUGCGGAUAUUCGGAAUAAGGUGUCACCUUGUGUACCACUUUGCCAUUGGGGAGAAGGACUGGCAUAGGAUUAAACAAAAUCUCGACUCCAAGUGCCGCACUGCCUUCAGGCGGAAAACCAGGGGAAUGCCACUCACUGUGAAAGCCUUCAGAGACAGGCUUCCACCAGUGGCUGGUCAGGCACCAGCAGUAGGACAAUCAUUAGAGGCCUCAUCGUCAUCCCCAGAGUGUUCUCUGGGUGCAUCACAGUCAGAUGUUUCCAUGGACAAUGACCUGGAUCUUGCAUCUGCCCCAGUGCCCGUGACAUUGAUAUCUGGUGAAGUUUUACCACUGCAGGGAAUCUCAACAGGAGAACCUCAGAUAAUCCAUACUGAGCAUGGCGACAUACAAGUAGUUCAUGCAACAGCAGAGGAGAUAGCACAGCUGGAUCAGAAUCAACAGAUACAGAUUCUGGCAAGUUCCGAGUUGCUAGGUGAUCUACAGGCACAAACUGAAGCACUAGUUGGUGCUCCGUAAUGAAGGUGGAGGAGCCAUCACCCAGAUGAAUCAAGAGGCCUUGUUGUAAUCUACCAGCACUCGAGGGUCUCAUGUUCCUGUCAACUUAUCCACCAAGCUCAGCUGACAUGCACCUAAGGUACACCUUCAAAGCAUUAUGUGGCAGCAGGAGGAACAGCCCUGUGUGUUGCCCAGCAGUGACUGGCAGUAACAUGUGUGCAAUACGUACAUCUGUUGUCCAACUGUCGAUUUACUUUAGAUUGAAUGCCUUUACCGGAUUUGGGAGGGAGUUCUGUGCAUCUUGGGCCGACUUCAGGGGGAACUGUGCCGACAUUCAUCUGGGAAGUCUUCAGAAAACCCAGGGAAAACCUCAGACAGCAUAGCCAGUGGUAGGAUACGAACCCAACACCUCCCAGUCUUGAGCACUACCUUAGCUACCACCACCGAGUGACAUGAGGAUACUGUAUGAGGAAACGUGACUCAUCCUUGGUAUCACAGACUGGCAUACCUCUAAGAGCUAUGAGUUUGUGUUCGGAUUCCGAAAUCGGCAUGUCUGGAGCAGAGAAACGGAAACGCUCAGCUCUUACCACUGGGGUAAAAAAGGCUAUGAUAGCGAGCAAAAUAAGUGUAGAAAGUGCUACUGUGACUACACUCAUGUCCAACGUACGAAGGAAAAGAAAUCUAGUCUGUCAACUACAUACGCCAUUGGAGAUAAGGAGAAGCAAUAGCGCGCCAGGAGAAAUACUGCAGCGCCACUAUGCGCGAUCAAUUUGGAAGCGCACUUUCUGCCGCAGCGUAGUGUCAUGCGGCCAGUCUUAGCAGCCAAUACGGAAGCAGAGUGAGUGUGAUGGAUUACAUUAUCUGGCGCAAGCAGGGAGCAUGACCUCAGUGUAUCCAGCCGUCCUAUCCGCGGUGCAGUAAUAUUUUGAGAGCUGACAGACUAGAUUUCUUUUCCUUCUUAAGUUGAAUACAAUCUGCAGAUCCGCUCUGGAUCACAUUGAAGCUGCUAUAAUAUAUUUCAAAGAGAAGAACGACGAGCGAAGUAGUUGACAUCCCUUCCUAGCAAUGUAGACACAAAUGAAGGUAACGUACAAAGCACCUUAACUUAGUAUUUCUGAAAAAUAAACGUCUCUGGAAAUUUUUCUCGUUUA